CUCCCACGUCUCAGAUCAGGGUGUGUUUGGUUUCAGCAGGAUGACUUGUGCAGUGAAGCUGUUGCUGCUGGUGGCGGCGGUGGCGAUUGGGUCCAACACAGAGAUCGGGUCCGACCUGGUGGACGGGUCCAACUCGAUACCGGUCGCUAAGGAAUGUGACGGCUUGAACAAAACGCUGCCAAGAGACGAGCUGCACCAGAUUGUCGGGGACUGGGUUCUGGUCUGGUCCGUCACAGACAAUGAGAAGUACUGGGAUGAUUAUUCCAACAUCUCCACCUCCCACGUGGAGAUGAGGCUCCGCCCAGACAACACGACCAUCUGGUUCCAUGAGAGGAACCUCUUCCUGGAUAAGUCGUGUGUCACCUUCAUCCUCAACAUGUCAUCCUCUGACCCCGCCCCCUCCGACCCCGCCCUCAACAUGUCGGCAUCUGACCCCGACCCUGCCCACCACACACUGUAUACCAUCAGUGCCACCAUGGAGAAGGCCGGAGUUGUUGAACCCUACGAUGACUCUGGUGUAGUGGACGUGUACGAGAGCAGCUCUGACGCUCUGGUUUUGGUCUACACGAACAAAGACGGACGAUACCUGCUGAUCUACAGGAGGGAGGGGCACCACUCUGACAUGGAGCAGUUGAAAGCCGCCCACAGUGAUCAUGAGAAACGAGGCGAGUGUCUUGGAUUCCCUGUCAACAGAACGUUAACCUACGACGGAGUGGCAGAUUUCUGUCAUAAGAGGUCUUCUACCAAGGUGAAACAGGAAGAGGAUAAGUCGUGUGUCACCUUCAUCCUCAACAUGUCAUCCUCUGACCCCGCCCCCUCCGACCCCGCCCUCAACAUGUCAUCCUCUGACCCCGCCCCCUCCGACCCCGCCCUCAACAUGUCGGCAUCUGACCCCGACCCUGCCCACCACACACUGUAUACCAUCAGUGCCACCAUGGAGAAGGCCGGAGUUGUUGAACCCUACGAUGACUCUGGUGUAGUGGACGUGUACGAGAGCAGCUCUGACGCUCUGGUUUUGGUCUACACGAACAAAGACGGACGAUACCUGCUGAUCUACAGGAGGGAGGGGCACCACUCUGACAUGGAGCAGUUGAAAGCCGCCCACAGUGAUCAUGAGAAACGAGGCGAGUGUCUUGGAUUCCCUGUCAACAGAACGUUAACCUACGACGGAGUGGCAGAUUUCUGUCAUAAGAGGUCUUCUACCAAGGUGAAACAGGAAGAGUCCUGAGCGAAGUCGAUGUAAAGUCCAAACAUCCAUUUGCAUCACGCAGUGUUCGACAUCACGUAUUAAAUAAAGCAGAAAUUAAA